AUGACUGGUCUUGUCAACAAGGGCAUCGCAUGGGAGACUGAAUCACCAUUCCUAGACGUGGAUUACGAGGCACCAAACGCGUUUGGCGUAUCAACGCUGAAACACUUAGCCACAAAGAAGAUAUUGAGCGAUCAACGAAAUCUGGACCAGAGCCAUUUCCGUCAUAUUCCCUGGCCGAUCGCCGAGGAGCUUUGGCAGUAUCUGACUCGAAGUGGCAAGCGAACUUUGUAUAUGUGGAAAAUAUUCUGCGCUGCUUAUCCUGUUGAGUUUCGACGUCUGUCGCAACAUUGUGAGUCGUGGGUUGGAAGCCCUCGAUAUUCUCUGAGCGGCUACAUCAAUCUGAUCAAGAGCUCGAAUGAUAGUUGGGCUACUAAGCUGAACAUUUGGACCGAGUUUGCUCGAGUGCCAGAGCUUGUCGAAGUGGCACAUGUGACUAACCUUAUUUCGUUGGAGGUGAAUACUUCUAUAUCAGGGCGGAAUACGCCGGAACUGCAGGAUCAGGAAGCAAUGUUGCUCAACGACCGUAUUUUAAGGACAUGGAGUGAGCUCGCCGAAACAUCAGGUGCCUUCAAGCACCUUCGGGUUUUGAGACUGUACCAUCAACGAGACCUCACUGAACAUUCUUUUUGUUACCUGUCUAAUCUUCCGUCGUUGGAGUACUGUGUGUUGGCAACAUGUGAUCGGAUGACGCAGAAAUCUGCCAUCGACACAGCCAGGUCACAAGGUUGGGUCGUCGUUGAGAAUAUCUCUGACCAAACAAUUUUCCAGUUCUCUUCUCUCGCUUCUUCGAAAAAUCUUGGUGGAGAGACCAAGUGGCGUGACCAUCCGGAUGGUCAAAUGCCUGCCUCCUUGCCAAGCGAUAUACCAGUCCUUGAAUUCUCUGUUGGGCAGAGACAUGAUAAGUUGCGCGAUCGUGAUAUUAUUAUAAUGCGCCGCAAAUAUACUCAUCGGGGAAACAAGCGUAGUUUGGUCGAUGCAGUGCCGUCGGAGAACGACGGGGGAGCCCCGAAGAAGACAAGAAAGCCGGUCAUGAAACAGCGCGUGACACAACUCCAGGCACACUCACUCAUAACAAUCAAAACAACAUCUCGCGUCGUUUGGUCAAUGGAAGUACAUUCAGCAUCUUCAACGAAUCUCCCAGGACAGUCCUCAACGCAAAGUAUCCCUCCUGCUGACGUACGACUCGAGAUGGCGGACCAGCCUUCUCACGCGGGGCAGGAUCCUCCCUCAUCAACCGAGUCUUCUAUUUCUUCGCCACGAACCAGCACCGACUCUCGAUCAUCCAAUGCCACUACCACACGGCAACAGCAACCCCCAAUGCGACCUCCUCACAUCUCAGCAUCUCCCAACACCUCCCAUCGACAGAGCUUCGGCGACAGCCUUCGAAAUACCCCGCAAUCCCCGCGCAACCGCCGACAGCCGUCGUUGACUCAAGCUGCAAUUCAAGGCUUGAUUGAUAACCCGCCAGCACGUAAUCCUGCAGAUCCCGCUUUUUUGGGUCGGGACUGGCGACAUAUUUCAAUUGGGGAGCUUGUCAAACCGGCAGAUUUGCGGUUUGUGGAGGUGGAUACGGGGAUUGAGGAAGCUACCAAUAAAUUAAUUGAUAACGAUACUACGGUCCUCCUCGUUCGCGAAACUGUCGACGACAAAUCCGCUGUUGGAACAUUUGGUUACAAUGACUUGAAUGCAUACUUACUGUUGGUGGUUGGACUGGCAAAACCCACCGAGUCGCAACUCACCUCCUUUCAAGAAGUCGCUCAAAAGGCCCGAGAAGGAAGCAAGAUACCUCUUAAGGAUAUUAGAGAUCUUGUUCCAAGGGAGCCUUUAACAACAUUACCACAAUCGGCGAAUUUGAUGACCGCGGUUGAGAAAUUCGGCGGCGGAGUGCAUCGAAUUGUCGUGUUGAAGGAAGAUAGUGACGAAGUCGUCGGAAUCGUCAGUCAAUCUAGGCUGGUAAAGUUCUUGUGGGAGAAUGGGCGAAGUUUUCCGAUUAUCGACCAGCUCUAUCCGCAGCAUCUGAAAGACCUGCGAUUGGGGUCUCAGCAGGUGAUCAGUAUCAACGGUGACAAACCACUAUAUCACGCUUUGCGACUCAUGAACGAUGAGGGUAUUUCCUCGUUGGCUAUAGUGGACAAUCAUUCCAACGUUGUUGGUAAUAUUUCCACUGUGGAUGUUAAGCUACUGACAAAAUCAACUGCUCUCCCUCUUUUACACAACACUUGCAUUCAUUUCAUCUCUGUCAUUCUCUCGACUCGUGGCUUGGUAGAAGGCAAGGACUCUUUUCCUGUGUUCUACGUUACUCCAACAUCGACCCUGGCUCAUACAGUGGCUAAAAUGGUUGCUACCAAGUCGCAUCGUCUGUGGAUGACCGAUCCUCAAUCGCCAUCAUCAUCUGGACCACCAACACCAGCUCCGGUCGCUUCGACUCCGCCUUCAGUAAAUAGCCAGUCGCCAGCCUCAAAUCAUGGCAAUGGCAGCAGCCCUGCGCCACCCCCCAAUUAUACCUACCCUCACCACCCCAUUCCACCCCAAGCAUAUCAAAGUCCAGCUCCAGGUCUAGCACCAUCACCAGCAAUACCAGCCUCCGCGCUACCAGGGACAAGACUGUCUGGCCGAUUAGUUGGAGUCGUCAGUCUAACCGACAUCCUGUUCUGCUAUGCAACGAUUAGUGGCCUGAACCCGAACGACCCUACUGAAACACGCAAUCGCCGUCGACGAAGCAGUAGCUCGAGUCUGAAUAUGCGUAGAAGUGGAGACGUUGCCCGUGAGAUUUUCAGAGGAGGAGUUGCCUAG